AUGUCUGCUCCAACGAAAGUCGCCUUCCCAUCCUUCAUGCUGCAGAUCUGCGGCGAGCUCUACCCCCCGGUUGCUGGCGCCCCUGACCGCAAUGGCGCUGCAGUUGUGAUCAGCAACCCCAUGACCGGAGUCAAAGAACAAACCUCUGCAGACCACGCCCGGCUGCUAUCUAAAGCCGGAUUCUACGCCCUUACGUUUGACGCCGGUUAUCAGGAAGAAAGCACUGGACAGCCACGUGGGCUAGAAGACCCGCAUCAGAGAGUCGAGGAAUUAAGGCUGCUCCGUAUCAAGGCACUUGCUACUGUGAGUGCCGCUUGCGUUGGCCGUAUGACCCGCAAUGGAGGUCUACACAAGGAGAACAACAAGGAAGUCCCUGAAGUCAUCGCUGGUGUACUUCAGGUAGCCGACCAGUGGCGUACGAGUGUGGCCGACAACCCCAGCAUUGAAGCCCCACCUAUGUUCAGCAGCGAUAUCUCUCAAAUUCCGGAGGACACAGACUCCUUUUUCAAAGACGCGGCCUCAUACUACGGGUCGAAGCGUGGAAACCAUCCCCGUUCCGACCAGAAAGUUCCACCAUCUAGCUACGAUCUCAUGAUCGGCUACGACUCAUUUAACCUCCAACAUCUGAUCUCCCCACGGCCAUUAUUAAUGGUCGCCGGAUCCAAGGCCCAGACUCUUCAUUACAGUGAAGACGCUGUUGCUACAGCCCGUGAACCGAAGGAACUGUUUGUCGUCGAAGGGAAAGACCAUUUUGACCUCUAUGAUGACCUUACAGUGUCUGGUCCGAAGCUUAUAGAUUUCUUCGGAAAGAAUCUAUAA